CCCCCCCUAUAAAAUGCAGCUGCCCAGCCUUUAUGAACACUGCUCUUCAUGACCGGGAAUAGUUUGCUCUAAUUUUUCGAUCCUGUCUUUGUCUCGUCUUUAACUAUUUCAAUCAACUAAUUAAAAAGCGAGUGUCUUUUAUGAGUAAUCAAAAGCAGCAGAAGCCGACGCUAACAGGCCAGCGCUUCAAAACUAGAAAAAGAGAUGAAAAGGAGAGGUUUGACCCUGCACAGUUUCAAGAAAGUAUUGUACAAGGACUGAACCAAUCUGGCACUGAUUUGGAGGCUGUUGCAAAGUUCCUUGACUCCUCGGGGGCCAAGCUUGACUACCGUCGCUAUGCAGAGACCCUCUUCGACAUCCUGGUGGCCGGUGGAAUGUUGGCCCCAGGUGGUACCUUGGCUGAUGACGUGACCCGAACUGAGUUCUGCCUCUUCACUGCUCAAGAGGACCUAGAGACUAUGCAAGCAUAUGCUCAGGUUUUUAACAAGCUAAUCAGGCGAUACAAGUACCUGGAGAAAGGUUUUGAAGAGGAGAUUAAGAAGCUGCUGCUGUUUUUAAAAGGGUUCACCGAGUCAGAGCGCAACAAGCUUGCCAUGUUGGCUGGCAUCCUGUUGGCUAAUGGGAACGUAUCUGCUUCAAUCCUAAGCAGUCUCUAUAAUGAGAACCUUGUUAAAGAAGGUGUUUCUGCUGCCUUUGCUGUGAAGCUGUUUAAAUCCUGGAUCAAUGAGAAGGACAUCAACUCAGUGGCUGCCAGUCUUCGUAAGGUUGGAAUGGACAGCAGGCUGAUGGAGCUAUUUCCAGCCAACAAGCGAAGCUGUGAUCACUUCUCAAAAUACUUCACUGAUGCAGGGCUCAAGGAACUUUCAGAUUUUGCACGUAAUCAGCAGUCCAUUGGAGCUCGCAAGGAGCUUCAAAAGGAACUCCAAGAGCAAAUGUCUCGUGGAGAUUCCUUUAAGGAGAUUGUUCCUUAUGUCAGGGAAGAGAUGAAGAAAUCUGACAUCUCUGAGCAAACUAUGAUUGGCCUUGUCUGGGCCAGUGUGAUGAGUUCAGUGGAAUGGAACAAGAAAGAAGAGCUGGUCACUGAACAAGCCAUUAAACUCUUGAAGCAAUACAGCCCUCUUCUAAAAGCAUUCACCUCCCAGGGCUCAUCAGAACUCACACUACUGCUAAAGAUUCAGGAGUACUGCUAUGACAACAUCCACUUCAUGAAGGCCUUCCAAAAGAUUGUGGUGCUACUGUAUAAAGCGGAUGUCCUGAGUGAAGAGGUUAUUCUGAAGUGGUACACUGAUGCUCACUCAACCAAAGGAAAAAGUGUUUUCCUGGAGCAGAUGAAGAAAUUUGUGGAGUGGCUCAAAAAUGCUGAAGAGGAGUCUGAAUCAGAUGAGGAAGAAGCUGACUGAGCACCUCCAAGUCUGGACCUGCCAUUUCUAAAAAAAAGUUGCAGUGAAAGCUGCAGAAUGUUUUAUUACUGAUGUGCUUGUGUCUUGUGCCCCAGCCCUUUUUUUUCCCCCACUUACGUUCUUAAACAUAAGACCCAGAUGUAAUUAAAGGGCUUAAACAUGUUUGUUUUUGUUUUUUUUUUAACAAUAAAUCUCAUUUGGCAGUUUUUUUUUUUUCUCUGAUCCACAUUUUAAGCUUUGAGAAAUCAUGCUUGUUUGCUCCCUAGUGUGGACCAGGCUUAAUUUGUGAACAGAAGCUAAGCCCAGAGUUUACAAGAGUGACUCAUGAAUUGUACAUUCCCUGAUUUACCUGCAUUUUUUGCUGUAUGAAUGGUGUUGGUUUAUUGGAGAAUGUAUGUCUGGUUUACAAUGGAUCCAUGUUUGUUCAUUUUCUAAAAUAAACUUGUCUGUGGAAGUACA